UGCGGCUCGGCUGGGCCGCAGACUGAUGCAAUCCCGCCGCCGGAGCGCUGGGGAGCCGCUUGCUGCAUAACCCGCUGCCGGGCCGGGCGCACGAGGCGUCUCCGCUGCCGCCAUGUCGGCGCUGCUCAUACAGGAGACGGGCGAGCUGGCCCUGGGAGAGAUGUAUGUUUCUGAACGCGAGGGCUGUGAUUCUACUGGCGAUGGAACAGAGAAGAAGCCUUUCAAAACAGCUCUGAAGGCUUUGAUGACAGCAGGAAAAGAACCAUUUCCUACUAUUUAUGUGGACUCGCAAAAAGAAAAUGAGAGAUGGGAUGUUAUUUCUAAGACACAAAUGAAGAAUGUAAAAAAAACAUGGCACAGAGAACAAAUGAAGCAUGAAGCUAGGGAGAAGAAAGAGGCAGAAGAUGGUUUGCGACGAGAGAAGAACCUGGAGGAAGCUAAGAAAAUUACCAUCAAGAAUGAUCCCAGUCUUCCAGAGCCUAAAUGCGUGAAGAUUCGUGCUCUAGAGGCACACAGAGGCCAACGAGUGAAGGUUUUUGGCUGGGUCCACAGGUUACGUAGACAAGGAAAAAAUUUGAUGUUCCUUGUGUUAAGGGAUGGCACAGGAUUUCUGCAGUGUGUCCUGUCAGAUGAACUGUGUCAGUGUUACAAUGGAGUGAUCCUCUCUACGGAGAGCAGCGUGGCAGUGUAUGGUACACUAAACCUUGUUCCUGAAGGCAAGCAGGCUCCAGGGGGCCAUGAGUUGAGUUGUGACUAUUGGGAGCUGAUUGGUCUGGCUCCAGCUGGAGGGGCUGAUAACCUGAUCAAUGAGGAAUCGGAUGUUGAUGUGCAGCUUAACAACAGGUAUAUGAUGAUCCGAGGAGAGAACAUGUCCAAAAUCCUCAAGGUGCGCUCCAUGGUCAUACAGUGCUUCAGGGAUCACUUUUUUGACAAUGGAUAUUAUGAAAUCACUCCACCGACACUAGUCCAAACGCAGGUUGAAGGAGGCUCCACGCUAUUCAAACUGGAUUAUUUUGGCGAAGAGGCAUACUUGACACAGUCCUCCCAGCUGUACCUGGAGACCUGCAUCCCUGCGUUAGGAGACACGUUUUGUAUCGCCCAGUCAUACAGAGCUGAGCAGUCCAGGACGCGCAGACACCUGUCAGAAUAUACUCACAUUGAAGCUGAAUGUCCUUUCAUGACCUUUGAAGACUUGUUGACCCGUCUGGAGAAUUUGGUGUGUGAUGUAGUGGACAGAGUCUUGAAAUCGUCUGUAUCAACCUUCCUAUAUGACCUAAACCCGAACUUCCAGCCCCCCAAACGACCUUUCAAACGAAUGAACUAUACAGAUGCCAUUACAUGGCUAAGGGAACACGGUGUGAAGAAGGAAGAUGGCACUUACUAUGAAUUCGGAGAAGAUAUCCCAGAAGCUCCCGAGAGACAGAUGACAGACACCAUUAAUGAACCAAUCUUGCUGUGUCGAUUUCCUGCAGAGAUAAAAUCCUUCUACAUGCAGCGUUGUCCUGAGGAUUCCCGGCUUACUGAAUCUGUUGAUGUAUUGAUGCCGAAUGUUGGUGAGAUUGUUGGAGGUUCAAUGCGUAUCUGGGACAGUGAUGAGCUACUAGAGGGUUAUAAGCGGGAAGGUAUUGACUCCACACCUUACUACUGGUAUACAGAUCAGCGUAAAUAUGGCACAUGCCCUCAUGGUGGGUACGGCUUGGGCUUAGAACGCUUCUUAACAUGGAUUCUGAACAGGCAUCACAUCCGUGACGUAUGUCUGUACCCACGCUUCAUCCAACGCUGCAAACCUUAACCACUUCCUCAGGAGAAAUUCAACAGAAAAUCAAAGCAACUUCUAAAAUCCUACAUGUGAGGGCGGGGGGGAACAGUGCACUAUGUCAUCCUACAGUCCGUCUAAAGGCAAGAGCUAUUGCUCCUUGUUGCUUGAGCCAUAAAGUAGUACAGUUUUACUAAAACAACUAUCUAAUGUAGCAGCUGAAAAGGUGAAAUUUUGCUUAUUUGGAAGGUAAAAUCACUUUUAAAAAUCUACAGAAAAAUUGCUGUUUUGUCAUUUUAAAAACACCAUCUGGUUGGGGCAUUGCAGCUUUUAGCUCAUAGCAAAGUUUUCAUAUUAGAUUGAUAUUUGAAACAUGCAGUGUGUACAAUACUUAACAUGCAACAUUUAUUUCUCCUCUGACUUUAACAUUUAAUCUGUAUGUAUCUUAAAACAUUGGGGCACUUGAUUUUCUUUUAAAAGUAAUUUGGUUUAUGUUCUAUCUGUGGUUUGGGGGUUGUUUUGGUUAAAUUAAAAGGCAGAUCAUUUAAAGUUACAAAUGCUGUUGUGUAUUAAUAUGAGAGUGUUCAACAGAAGUUAAUAAAGAUGGAAUCAUGUAAACUGUUAAAAAUACAAUGUUAGAACAUUUGGGCCUUCACUUACCCAAGCAAAACUCUCUCUGCAGUCAGAAAGAGUGUAGAAUUGAGCACAUCCUCCUAAUACAAAAAGAUCUGCUUUCUUUUGUCAGAGUUCAUUAAUUUGGAAAUGAUGGCUUCAGUUUUGCAAGGUGCAGAGCACCCUCUGCUGCUUUUGAUGUCUGCCAGAGAUCAGCAGGCUACACCUUGCAGAACUGGGCCCUUUAACAGGACCGGCCAUUGUACAGCCUACAUGCUGACAUAGAGCGAGGUGGAUGCGUUCUUAGAAUGUUGUGUCUAGCUUCUCCUGUACACCUGCAUGUUUGAGCUCCCUUCAUCAGUUGGUCACUGUUGCUUGACACAUAGGAAGAAAACUGAAUUUUAAAGACACUGAUACAAUUUGGUAACUUUGAAACUGAAAUAGUUUAAUUUCAGCAUUCUAUGAUUAUUUGGAUUAGUGUCCUUUUAAAGAGUAUUUUAAUCUAAGGAGCAUAUUUUCAUAGGUCAGUAAUGUCUUGUCUCCCAGAUGGCUCUAUACUGACUAAAGUUUGGGUAAUGGGCUCAGUGUACUGUUUCUGCUUCUCCUCUGUGGGUUCCCUCAAUGAUUGUAAUCAACUGUUACUUAAUUAUUAAGUGUUUUGAGCUGUCAGAAUGCAUUUUAGUCAUAAAUUAGAUAAAUCUUACUGGAACAAAUAGUAGGUGGGUUAUUUGAGACCUACUUGGAUACUUGCCUUGGGACCUAGUCUGGACUUUUCAUCUACACUGUAUUUGUAAACUGUUAAACUUCACAUUUCUGUAGCAAAACUUUGUUUUUCCUUUUAGCAUUUUGCAUGUUGCACACAUAAAUCAGUCCAAUCUGCCAGUCAAUAAAUUUAGCAUAACGUACAAAAAUGUGUUCAGGGUAAUAACUUUUGGACUGUCCCCUUUUUGUAUUUGUCCUUUUGUUUUUCACUGGUAUGUUACUUCCUUAACAUACUCCACCCUGUCAAAGGACAUGUCUACAUGGGAAGAUUCAGGAAAGUUUAACUGAAUUAACUAAAGGUGUGAACUUAAAGCACAUUAAUUAAAUGAAGUGCAUUAAACCUCCUGCUCUCAUUCAGAAGUAAAACGGCAUUAUUGCUUUAGCUUAAUCUCCUUUGGGUAUGGUUACAUGGGGAUAAAAAAUUGGCAGCUGGCCCAGGUCAGCUGACUCGGGCUUACGGCCCACAAGCUCUGGGGCUGAAAAAUGGCUGUGUAGCCGUUUGAGCUUGGGUUGGAGUCCGAGUUUUGGGAUCCUCGACCCUCACAGGGGUCCCAGAGCUUGGGCUCCUGUCAAAAUCUGAGCCCUGCGAGUCUGAGUCAGCUGACCUGGGACAACUGCGGCUGUGCUGCAGGGCCUUUAUCCCCAUGUAGAUGGACCCUUUGAAGACGUUAAAGGCUAAAAUGAACUAAGGUUACUUCCGAAUGAGUGUCCACACAGGCAUUUAAUGUGCUUUAACUACUGUACUUUAAAUUCAUACAUUUUAGUUAUUUGCCUUAACUUUCCUAAGAGUCUCUGUGUAGACGUGCCCAAAGAGAAGUGGGGUACUGCAUCAUAUUUUUAUGUGGGAAAUUUCCACAUGGUGGAUAAUGUCAAGUGGCCAAGGCAUCAUCUGUGCUGGGUUUGUAUUGGCAGGAGGGAGAGAAGAGUCCCUGAUUGAGGCUUAGGUGCUCCAGGAAUUGCAGACAUCCCAUGAAACUCCCACUGUUCCUGUUCAGGAGCCAUGCUGCCAUUGAAAGCCAACUGCAUCGUUUGAGUAAUGCCCCUUUUGAGGAGGGGGUUUAAAAGCUACCGAUGAGUUAAUGUUGCUCCAAGAAAUGAGGAUCGCUCAGGUAGCUGAUUAGGAUGAAGUUUUUUUUUUUCUUCUCCAAAUCCUCCUUUGACCUCACUUCUUCCCCCUUAUUAUCCACUAUUAACUUCCACUCCUUUGUGGCCUAUUCCUUUCUUCUGGACCUACCGCAGCCUGUAUGGAAAAAUACCAGACCUUACAAGACUCGCUCACUAUACAAUAACUACCAUUAGUUUUGUUUCCUUCAUCUAUUCUUUUUCCAGGUUCUUCCUGCAUUUUUUUGUCUCCAUGUUUGUCUGCUUGAGGUUACAAAACUCUUCAGAACAAGGUGGUUGGUAUUUUAAUCUGUGUAAAAGUCCAGGCAAAGUUGUAAUGCUAUAUAAAUAUUUAACAAUAAUAGACUUGCCAGGGUUUUGAGGUGUUUUAUGCUGAAUUUAUAUAUAAUCCG